CUCCAGCUGGAUCGGAUGAGAAGACAAAAAGCAAGAGGCGGAGGGAGAAAAGGAACUGGAGGAAGAAGAAGCUCAAGUCAUCUGACACCACAAACGAUUUAAUGUCUGAGCUUCCAUUUGCUCUGACCAGCCCCACCACAUGGGAAGAGCUUGGAUACUCCGAUGAGAAGAGGCGAAAGAGAAAGAGAGGAGACAACGGAGGGCGAGUGGACAGUGAAGAGGACGCAGAGAAGAAGAAAAAGAAGAAGAAAGAAAGUCAGCGACCAAAUUACUUUGUCUCUAUUCCAAUCACUAACCCACGGAUCAGUUCUACUGUUCUGGAGGUCCAGGAGGCGGUGCUUAAGCAGGAGCUAAGACUGGCAAAAGCCAUGAUCCCCGUCCCAACUCUCCACAUCACGCUGUUAGUCACUCAUCUCGCCAAUCAGGAGCAAGUAGACCUGGCGGGAUCCGUGCUGGCUCAGGCUGAGCCCUCAUUGGCUGAGCUGUUGGGAGGGCGGGAUCUAGCGUUGCCCUUCUCGGGGAUCAGUCAUUUCAGGAAGGAGGUGGUGUUUGUCAGUCUGGCCCCCGGACAGCACAGACACACACUGGACAGUGUGGCAGAGUUGUUGCGGAACCGUUUUGUGGAGCAGGGUCUACUGCAGGGAGACGGUCGUGGGUUUGAACCCCACCUCACCAUUAUGAAGCUGUCCAGAGCAUCAAAACUACGAUCACAGGGUAUAAAACGUGUAGACCCGGCUCUCUACUCCAACUACACUACCAAGUUUUUCGGAGAGCAGACAGUCGAGCGGGUGGAUCUUUGUUCCAUGUUGAAGAAGAAGCAACAAGACGGAUAUUACCACACUGAGACUUCACUACAGCUUGGUAAGUACCCACAAACAAAGCAGUAUCAAAGUGAACGUGCUUCUGACUGACAUCAGCAACACUUCAAAAUGUAUCAAAGGGAAAUGUUGCACUUCAUGCAUCAGCA